AUGCCUUCAAAUGAUUCUCAUACCAUUCCUACCGGACCGAACCAAGUUGAUGACACAAUUCCCAUCGCUCAGAGUCAAAGGACUCUGUUUGACUUCAAAGAGUUCAAUCAUACAAACAUUCCACUGGAGCCAGAAGAAUGGCCCGUUAUCAUCAUUGGAUCGAGCAUGGUAGGAAUGACUUUAGGCGUUCUGCUAGGUUAUCAUGGCAUUAAGUCUGUAUCUUUUGACCGCCAUCCAUCCACCGCCAUCCAUCCCCGAGCAGCCUUAUUCCUUUUACGCUCCGUUGAGAUCUUCCGCCAGCUAGGUCUGGAAGACGAACUCCGUUCAGAAAGCGCCUCAAACUUUGAUCUCGACGCUGGGAUGAUCAGUGCUGGAUAG